CAUCGUUGUGCUUCUGAGCAGCUCCUGAAGAUCAAAAUUCCAGCAUCCAUUAGAAUUUAUCCAGUACCAAAUGCUUCUAAUUGUGCUUCGUUAGAAUCCGAAUUGUAUGGUCAUCUCAUAGUAGGUUCUUGAACAGUUCAAGAUCUAGAAGCGUGUUCGUGUUCAUCACAGCUCUGACACAGUGUUUCGUCGGCCAGUGUGAAAAAUCCAUAAAACUGUGAAGAAGUCAAUUCGUUCUACUGAAGUGUGUACUCCACCGAGAAAAAAAAAAACAAACAAUGACGUGCUAAUUGUACGGUAUGUGGUGGUGGAUCGUCAUAAAGUGAAGUGUGAAAAUCUCGUUGUGAGUGAAUUCGUGGGGGGAUCUCUUCCGCCCGGGUAAGAGAAGAAGAGGUGCUAAUUCCGAAGGUCUAACCCGUACUCUCCCGAAGAAGCCUUUGGUUGGUGCAAGCUAUCAUCACCUUUAUCACCAUCAUCACCAUCAUGGCGGCGUCGGUCAGUGCGGAGUGGUCACAUCGGCGGCUGCUGUACGGGCAGGCCGUCGCAUUCGUUGUUGUAACCGUGUUUGUUGUUGGAAACUUAUGUGCCUGGCAGGAGAACGUCCGACCGAAGCUCUACGUAUCAUUAGCCGACGAAGAAUACCUGAGGUUUCAGGGAAACGAGUCGAUAAAUGACUACUUCAAGCUGGUUCUCCGGGAUGCCACUAGCAAUAGCCUUUUGGUGGGAGCAAGAAACAUUGUGUACAAUCUCAGCAUAUACGAUCUCAGUGAGCAGACGCGGUUAGUGUGGUACUCGUCGGAGGAUGACAUCAAGAUGUGCGUGAUGAAGGGCAAAGACGAGGACCUCUGCCAGAAUUAUAUUCGCGUGCUGGCACUGCCCACACCGGGGACGCUGCUCGGCUGUGGCACCAACGCGUUCCGCCCCAUGUGCCGGAUGUACGGAAUCAACGGAAACAGCUACUCAAUCGAGUCGGAGAAACCCGGUCAAGCCGUGUGUCCCUACGAUCCGGCGCACAACUCGACGGCCGUCUUUGUCGAUAACGAACUCUAUUCCGGCACGGUGGCUGACUUCAGCGGUCUUGACCCAAUUAUCUACCGGGAACCACUGCAGACCGAGCAGUACGACAGUUUGAGCCUGAACGCACCCAACUUCGUCGGAUCGUUCACGCAGGGCGACUUUGUGUACUUCUUCUUCCGCGAGACGGCCGUCGAAUUCAUCAACUGCGGCAAAGCCGUCGUCAGCCGGGUUGCACGGGUUUGCAAAUGGGAUAAAGGUGGACCGCAUCGGUACAAAAACCGGUGGACGACCUAUCUCAAGUCGCGCCUCAACUGCUCCAUGCCCGGCGACUUUCCGUUCUACUUCGAUGAAAUACAGUCAACUAGCAGCUUGGUGGAAGGACGCUACGGCAACGGAAACUCCAAACUAAUCUACUCUGUAUUUUCAACAUCAACCAAUGCGAUAGCGGGUUCGGCCAUAUGCGCAUUCUCAUUACAGGAUAUCGCCGACACGUUCGAAGGCAACUUCAAGGAGCAGAGUGGAUUAAACUCUAAUUGGCUACCUGUUAACCCAUCGAAGGUACCAGAUCCACGUCCCGGUUCGUGCCAUAACGACUCGCGAACCCUACCGGACCUAACACUCAACUUCAAAAAGACCCACUCGCUGAUGGAUGAAAAUGUGCCAACGUUUUUCGGUUCGCCGAUUUUGACCCGAGUCAGCACGGUCUAUCGAUUCACCGCCAUCGCCGUUGAUCCGCAAAUUAAAACUCCCGGCGGAAAAACCUACGACGUGAUAUUCGUCGGAACGGAUCACGGAAAAAUCAUCAAAACGGUUAACGCCGAAUCGGCCGACUCGAACAAGAAGGUCACCUCGGUUGUCAUCGAGGAGAUCGAUGCUCUUCCAACGAGCGAACCGGUGCGGAGCUUGGAAAUCGUUAGAACCAUGCAAUACGACACGCCAAAGGACGGAAGUUAUGAUGAUGGAAAAUUAAUUAUAGUCACCGAUACAACCGUGAUAGCGAUUAAAUUACACCGCUGCAGCAGUGAAAAGAUAACAAGUUGCAGUGAGUGCGUGGCGCUGCAGGAUCCGUACUGCGCCUGGGACAAGAUUGCGGGCAAAUGUCGAUCACACGGGGCUCCCCGGUGGUCGGAGGAGAACUACUUCUACCAGAGCGUUGCCAGCGGAGAUCACGCUGCCUGCCCGUCCGGCAAAAUGGCCAAGGAUGGCAACGCCGAGAAACAAGGCUACCGAGGAGACAUCGACUACGACCCUCAACGGCCGAGCAAAGAUCAGCCCGGAAACGACAUGAUCAGCAUAAUGCAAGACAAGAGCGGCUACGACGACAAAGGGCCGCAAAUAACUCCCGAUCUGAUAAAUGCUCAAUACACGGUGGAAACGCUGGUUAUGGCCGUUCUGGCUGGUGCCAUAUUCGCCCUGCUGGUGGGAUUCAUCACCGGGUACUUCUGCGGCCGACGGUGCCACAAGGACGAAGACGACAAUCUGCCGUACCCGGACACGGAGUACGAGUACUUCGAACAGCGACAGAACGUUAACCGGAUACAAACCGAGCCGAAGCUCCUUCCACAGGUCGAAGAAGUGACCUACGCCGAACCCGUACUAUUACCUCAGCCAUCUAGUCAGAACAAGAUGCAGCAUUCGCCAAAAAAUACGUUAAGGAAACCGAUGGGUCACCACCACGGUGUCAAUUCGGAAACACUUUUCCAGUUCCAGCCUGAUGGCUACAGCGCUCGUGACAACUACCGGGGUCGCGACAACUUCGGCACCCUCCGAUCCCACCAAGGUGAUAAUUAUCGUCGCGGUGACGGAUUCUCAACAACGAGAAGCGUGAAAAAAGUGUAUCUCUGAGACGGGAACGGGGCGGCUGAGACCAGCCAGGGACUGAUCAAUCAAAAUAUGCAUUUUUAUAUAGGUCCUUAAUACCAACACUCGUAACAGAAGUCUCGGCCGAAUGAAAAGGCAGCCGCCCCGGCAUGGCAUAGUAACACAACAUCGUUCCGAUAGUCCACAGAAUUCCAGUUCCGGAUCUUCCCCAGUCAUGUCCAACAGUAGUUCUAGUCCGGCGCCUCCCUCGAGCAGUCCUAGUCCACAAGAGAGCCCAAAAAACUGUAGUUAUAUUUAUAGAGAUUGAUUAUUAAAUAAACCCCCGCCACCACUGCGACCCCCGCAUCCAUACAGCAGAAGCAGCAACGAUAGACCCGGUGUCCCAUUCCAGCACGAUGAUGGCAGCGAAAAGGCAACAACAGCAUCAGCGGCAGAAGCAGCAAUGGCAAAGGUCAUCCUACGCAACAGAAACAGCCAAAGCAGUGACACCAACAACCGAAAACUGAAUCGUCUUUCGACUUCGUCCUCACUCUCGAUCAUCACCCCGCCCACAACUCCGAAGCGGCCGGUCGGAGGCCGUCUCAAGAUGGCGCUGAGUCUCUCGUUGGCGCACAACUUCAACCAAAAGCUGGCCAACCUCAACGACAAAUGGAACGACUUCAGCUUCAUGCUGAAGAGCAACGCGGUUAAGAGCAGCACACGGAACGACUCGUACCACUCGAUCGAAUCGGCCGUGACCUGUACGGCUGCCGAUCUGGAGGCAGGAAAUUUGAGUGGAGGAGGUAAGUUCGGCGAUGCAGAAGAGCAGGAUCGAAGAAGACGACGUCACAGAAGAGGAGAUGGCGGAGGCAAUUGUAGUGGGUUAUGGAACAGCGGCGGCAGUGGCAGUAGGCCAAGCUCGUCUCAUCAUCAGCAGAAGCCGUACGAGCGACACAGGACGAGUAGGCUUUCGCCACGCCGUAACAGUGCCAGCGGGGACCCCAAGGAGUUCGAUAUGUUAGUACUGAAAACUACGGAGAAUUUAGAGGAUAAUGAAAGUUUUUAAAUACAUUGGCUUCCAUUGCGAUUGAGUUGAUUAUUGGCUUUUGCUGAAGCUUUUGCUGCGCAUUUCGUUGUGUCAUCAUUGCAGCAUUAUAUCCGACGAUCGUUGGUGGUCGGAACACUGGCACAAACGACACGACCUCAAGCGAUGAGAAACAAAAGACACAACAACAACGGGAAUGCUUAUCAAAUACUAGGAGAGAUAAUUUAAUCGCUUUCAUUCACUAACUAAUCAACCAUAAAAGCAACAAUUAGGGUAUAUGCAUCCGCCUAAGUUUAGAGCAUUUAAAAAGGAAGAAGCUAAACAAAAAGACACGCAUCCAUUUCAAACUGAUAUUAAGUCGGACAGAUCUAGUAAGGAGUAACGCAGAAUACUCGAGUGUAAAUACGAUUAUACAGUGCAUAUAUAUUAUAACCUUUCAAAACUAUUAGGGAUUUUUGCAUCAGAAAUAGGUCUUGCAGUGUGUUACGAGUUACACUGCGUGUUGUAAUUGCUGAGUAAGCUGAAGAAACACUAUAUAGGAACACAUUUUGCUGCAGUAUUAAAGGAGAACAAAAUCUUAUACAAAUAGGGAAAAAACCAAAACAAGGGUCGAUGGAAUGCCGCGCCGUAAUCGAGGAACAAUUCUCGAACGCCGAUUAGAUAUUCUUCAUCACACAGUAAGUACAUUUUACAUGAUCAUCUCACAUACUACUAGUUUUACGUUUGAUUUCGUCCAGUAUCGUUUCCCUCCGUUAAUGCCAAACCAUGUAGAAAUGAGGACUGAUUUCAUUGGAAAAGGGUACCUAAUUGGAAAAACAUGUCUGCUUUUAGAAUCAUAGAACAAUAUUUUUUUUCUAAAUGGUUUACUGCCGUAUUCACAUUACUUUGUCAUGUGUAACGAUUGCGUAUCUGCACUCAGAAUGGUGGCUUCAAUUUUUUCGUCGUCUAUCGAAAAUCUAAAUCCUACCUUACGUGGCUUUACUUCAGAGCCGAGCCCGUGACCAGACCUUUUAGUCGCUUCUUUGCUUCUGCAAUGUUCAACAGUAAGUUUGAAAGUGCAUUACUCUUACAUACCUUGUCUGGGAUUCAAACACUUUGAUACAUUAAAGAUUGCGCGUGUAAGCCUGAUUAGUUUCGCCGGAAAACUAUAUAUGUGCUGAUGUUAUCUGCAAAGGUCCACUUUGCGAACGGAAGAUCCACUAAGCACUAUCCCCGAAAAAGAAGUCACCAAUAAUCAUUCCAUAUAAAAGUAACUUUGUGUAUUGUUCUAUGAUUUAAAAGUCACUCAUGACGCAGAAAAACGAAUUUAAAACUGAUUAGUGCAUUUUUAGGCAACAGUAUGGUGCCGGACACUCCUCUGUAUUUAAAAGUCGAUAUUAGGCGCGGGGGCUAGGACACUCUACAAUCCGAACCAACACACGCCAUGAACAAGUAAAAAAUCUGAUCUGAACGCUAGUUUAAUUUUUCGGAUGUUAUGUUUUGGUUGUUGAAUUAGGUAUUUUUACAAUUAUUUGAAACAAAAAAAAAUAUACUGGGAAAUUUGUGUUUUAUUAUGAUUUAAGUGAUCAUUUAGUCUAAUAUAUGAUUUCAAAUUGUGCACCAGGUCACCAAGUCUGUAAAAUAUGUAUUAAAGAAUGAUCAAAAACUGGCAACGUGCAAGAGUGAAGGUAGUUUAUCGAAAUUUUUAGGCACUUUUAGUUUUUUAAUAGUUAUUAUUUUCACUUUGUUUGGUUAUUCAAGGUCAAAUCAUAAGGCUAAGCAUAAUUUUCGAUUCAAUAUAUUUAUUUUUAUAAAUUUAAA